AUGUCGAAUCAACGUUCAGCAGUUCAAGAUGAAGAUUUACUUCUUCAAAACUUCAGUCGAAACGUUACUACGAAAUCGUACGCUUUAUUCUUUGGUAAUGCUGCUGUUGUUUCAGCCAUUCCACUCUGGCUCUUCUGGCGUAUUCACCAAAUGGAUAUUACAUCUUACUUCAUUCAUUUCAUCAUUGGCACUGCUAUAAGCACUUAUUUCCUCAAUUUAGCUUAUCAAAAUAUGAAAUUUAUCUUGAAGCAUAAAAUUGCACAAAAACGGGAAGAAGCUGUCAAUCGUGAAAUAUCGAAAUUGUUUGCUAAUGACAAAUCUGCAAACAAAAAAGAUAAAGACGAACGGGUUUUAACACAGAAUCAAGCUGCUUCGUCAUGUUAUUCAUGCAAUGAUUGUGGCACUGAUUGGGAUAUAACAAAAGCUAGUGUCGUGUCAACAUCAGGUCCUAAUGAUUAUUGUCGAAAAACUGUAACAGGGCCAAUGGUGAGCAAAGACUAUACAUCGAGUUGUACAUCUGCCAAUCUACUCGGUCAUGGUAUUUUCUGUUGUCAAACAGAUUUGUGCAAUUCAGCAAAUCGACCACCAGCUACAAUGCUUAUAUUUGAACUGACAACUGCUCUUCUCUGGAUAGUAUAUCAUUAUCUAUUUUGA